UACUACUGUAAACUACUAUAUACUACUAUAAAGUACUACUAUGAACUACUACUAUAAACACUGCUAUAAUAAAGUGAAUAUAAUAUAAGCGGCGUUAAGUAUACCGUCAUCUUGAUUAUAGAGCUAUUCACCUAAUCAGUUAAGUCGCUUGAACAAUUUAAUUUUUUUAAAAAAAAUUUAAUUUCUUUUUUUAAAUUUUUUUCUUUUAAACGUGAAUUUUUUUUGCCAACUGUAUUUUUAAAAAAUCCUACAAUGGAAGUGUCUACACAGAGGAAUUCAUACGAGAAGUAUAUCGAAGAAAGAGAUGAAGAAAUAAUGAAGUCACUAAAUGACCAACGAGACUAUAGGGGUCUUAUAUUAAAAAACAAAAUGAACAUUGUUUUAAUUAGUGACCGAACAACUGAUACAGCUGCUGCAAGUAUGAAUGUCCAAGUUGGUUCUCUAUGUGAUCCUUCGGAUGUACAAGGACUGGCGCAUUUAUGCGAAAAAAUGCUGCUUUUAGGAAGCGAAAAAUAUCAUAAUAAAAACGAUUUUCACGCCUACUUUUCAAAAAACGGUGGUAAACUUAAUGCCGUAACUCAUAAAGAAAAUACAAAUUAUUAUUUCGAUAUAAAACAGGAAUAUCUCGAGGGAGGCUUAGAACAUUUUUCCCAAAUGCUCCUCAGACCCCUAUUCAAUGAAUCAGCUAUCGAUGAAGAAAUUAUGAAAAUUAAUUCAGAAUUCGAAGAAAAUAAAUCUUGUCCCUUCUAUCAUGUGAUGCAAAUUGAAAAAUUCGGUGUAAAACCAAAUCAUCCGUUUGGAUUUUUGGAAAGCGGUAACAUAAGUACUUUAAUACCAGAAGAAAAAAAUUUGAACCCACUUCAGGAAGUGAUGAAAUUUUACAAGAAAUUUUAUUCUUCCAAUUUGAUGACACUGAGUGUUCUUGGCAAAGAGAAUUUGGAUGAUUUGGAGAAAAUGGUGAUGAAAUAUUUUGUCGAUUUUGAAAAUAAGGACAUUAAAUUAUCAAAAUUAGAAUCACCAUUCGAAAAUGGUGAAUUUAAUACAAAAUUGUACGUUGUUCCAAAGGAAAAUUAUCGGAAUUUAAGUUUAACUUUCUUAAUUCAGGAUUUUGAGUCGUAUUGGUUCAAAUCAGAGCACACAAAUUACACGACGUUUUUACUUCAAAAUGAAAGUGAAGGAUCAUUACUUUCCAUUUUGAAAAGAAAUCGCUGGUGUCGCGACUUAUGUUGCAAAUUUCCAAAAAGUAAUCGAGGUUUGGAUUUAUUUUACAAUGUGAAUUUUAGUCUUACCAAUGAAGGUUACCAUCACAUUGAUGAUAUUAUUACAUUAUUUUUUCAAUAUAUCCGCAAGCUAAAAAAUCCAAAUAUUAUGAAUUGGGCGUUAAAUGAAUAUGAAUCUGCCCAAGAAUUAGAGUUUCGUUUUAUAAAAAAGGAAUGUCCAAUUAAUUACGUGAAAAGUGUGUCGAAAAAUAUGACAUUUUAUCCAAUGAGGUGUGUACUUCGCGGUCCUUAUAUGAUAUUUACAUGGGAUCCAGACCUCAUAGAAUACGUUUUAGGACUUAUAACACCGGAAUCGAUGAGAAUUAUUGUUGAUGCAAAAGAAAAUGAAAAUAUUCUCACACAAGUUGAAUCAAUUUAUGAAAUUGAAUUUAAAAGUGAAAAAAUAUCAAACGAAGAGAUUUUUAGGUGGAAAAAUCCUAAGCAUAUUGACGCUGAUUUGAAAGUGCCUCAAGGAAAGGAACAACCUGUGCAGUACGAUACAGUACCCAGGGAUUGUAUGGCCGAACAGAAUCCUCGAAUUAUUCGUGAGACGCCAUUAAUGAGAGCUUGGUUUAAACAAAAUAAUGAAUUUCCCGAUCCAAGGGUGUUAUCAAACUUCCGUUUCACUAGUUCAUCCACGUAUUUGAAUCCGUUGAACUACAGCAAUUGUGUUAUAUUUGUUAACUUAGUUAAGAAAGCCUUAAAAGAACAACUUUCUUCUGAUUCACGAUGGCAUAUUGAACCUGAAAAGUAUGGUUUUCAACUUUUCAUCGAAAGUGUUGGUGAAAAUGUCAUCUUCCUUGCAUAUCAGAUAAUAAAAGAAAUUCUGAAUUUAAAAAUUGAUGAAUCACAAUUUCAGAUUUUGAAAGAUAGUUAUAUUAGCGAUUUGAACCGUAUGAGUCAUGGGUGGAUAAACGUACAAGCAAACGUUUGCCUCGAAGAAUUAUUGUCUGAAACAUUUUGGAGUAAUGACGAUUUUCUGAAAGCAAGUAACAAAUUGACAUUGGAAAAUUUUCAAGAUUUCGUAUCGGAAUUUUUUUCAAAUAUACACGUUGAAUGUUUGUUAUACGGUUAUUUGACCGAAGUCCACGCUUCAAAAGUGGCUGAAGAUUUAGAUCAACAGUUGGCUGAUAAAUUAACAAAAAUAAAGAAAUUCAGCAAAGAAAAUUUAACACCAUUGUUACCAUCUCUAUUACCGACCAAUAGGGUAAUUUGUUUAAAACCAGCCUGCCACUAUCUUUAUGAGGUAGAAACACAGGAGAAGGAAAGUUGUACGUUGAUUUACUAUCAAAGUGGAUUACAAGAAAGAAAAUCGAAAGUCAUUUUCGAUUUACUUGAACAUAUUAUGUUUGGACCAUUUAGUGAAGGAAUAGCAAGAGAAGACGUGGGUUUUCUUUAUAAAUGUAAUGCACAACGACAAAAUGGUGUAGAAGGUUUCAUGAUUCUUGUACAAAGUGAAAAGCAUCCUCAAUGGGUUGAGGAAAGAAUAGACGAUUCGUUACAUUCAGUGAAGGAGUAUGUUAAAAACAUGUGUGAUGAAGAAUUCGAAAUUUUAAAGAAGGAAAUUGGUUCGAUGAUGUAUCAAAAGCCAUUGACAUUGGGACAUUCGCUUUUAAUCUUCUGGGAAGAAAUUUUAAGAAAGACAUAUGAUUUUGAUGGAAUGUCUUCAGAGGAGCUUUGCUUGGAUACAAUCACAAAAGAAAGUGUUCUACAAUUUUAUGAGGACAUUUUUGACAACGAUUCAAAUCAGCUGAAGAAAUUAUCUAUUCACAUUAUUCCGGAUGGAGAAAAGUUUGAUGGACAUGAACAUAGUGAAAAAUACCACAAAGGAAGCAGUCAACUAACUAUAAUUAAUAAUAUUGAUAAUUAUAAGGGUAGUCAUUAUCUUUAUCCACUUUUGCCUUAAUUCGACGAUGUUAGAAACAAUAUUGGUAAUGGUUCAAAAUGAAUUAGAAUAUUUAAAGUUAUUCUAAAUAUUGAUUAGAGAGUUAGUCAUGGCAACGAUAAGCGAAAGUAUAAAUUCGGCAAAUUGUUAAAAAAUAUAAUGUAUUUGAGUUAAUAAAUGUUAAGAUGUUCAGUAAUUAUUA